AUGACAACAAUAUCAAGCAUUUUAAAUGAUUGCUUGAAAGAGGUGGGGGAAUUCGCCUCCUCGAGGGUCCAGCGUUAUGAAAACGAUGUCUCCCAACCUCGCUGGCUGGAUGAACUUGGCCGACUACGUAUUUGGGCAGGGAAUACCGGCGCCCUUCAGCGUGACCAGUCAUCGUUGGAUUAUCGUCUUCGCGAUGCUUCGCAUCUGAGAAACGAGAUAUUAAACAUCUUGCAGCGAGUGCUGCGGGUAGUUCGAAGCCUAUCUGACUUUCUCGACGAGCCUGAAGAAAAUACGUCAGAGGAUGAGGCUUUCCUGGAUCUUGCUGGCGAAGUAUCGGAUGAAGACUUGAUGACUGAUGCCCAAAUGUUGCAUCAGUCCCUACACAAUGCUAUCAGUCUAUUGAAUCAGCUAUCCUUGGAGACUCGCAAGCCGGCCGAGCACGAUCUUCUUUUGGGUGUGAACGCUGAGGAUAUUACGCCCUUUGGAUCAUGGGCGCAGCAGCACGUUUCUCGGAUUUUCCCCGAUCUCGAUGAGUCUACAGUUCAACGGCUCAGUGCUGCCAUGGCCAAGCAAAAAGCAGUCCUGCAAUAUAGAUCACAGAAGCCAAGGCCCAGUGGUCAAAUUGUCGAUUCAGAGUCUACUCUACCUCGAAGAGCGCCGACAGAGAGCUCUCAGGCUGGUGGUGGCUUGAAUCAGUUGCAGUUCUCUGAGACUUCUACAUCCGAGCUCCCCCAAGCGCCAUACUUUAUAAAUGCAUUCACAGGCUAUGAGCCGGCGUCCAUUCCAAGCCCUCCAGAAAGCUCAACAGACAGCAGUCCAUUUGAAUGUCCAUACUGCGGCUCUCUUAUGACAAUCAAAUGUCCAAUGGACUGGGCCAAUCAUAUUUUUGAAGACUUGAUGCCUUAUACUUGUUUAUCAUCCGAUUGCAUUACUCCAUUCAAGCUAUACGAGAGCCGUUCGCAAUGGUAUCGUCAUAUGUGCGAAGCACAUUCCAUACUCAGCAAGAAUGAUAUUUUCAGAUGCCCUUUAUGUCAUUUAUGUCUUGAUUUUUUUGAGCCACCAGUUACUUUUGAGCAGCACGUUGGAGAGCAUUUGGAACAGCUGGCUUUAUUCGUCCUUCGUACAGUUUCAGAACAUUCCUCGCCAGAUGCAGCCUCUCACCCCCUCUUUCUAGAGAUUUCAAAUAAUCCUACCCUUCCUGUUGAUGAAAUGGGGACACAGGAGUCCUCGAAUGACAGGCUUGCCGUCGAAACCACGAAUGUGGGAUUAGCAGCUAAACGAUCACUUGAAGCUGCCCGGCAAUCCGAUGGACCAUUCGAUUGCUCUUUUGAGGUUCCCAUGGCUCAUUCAGAGGAGAUGAAUCAUCCUCAACUACCGGGGCUCUCGGCUGACAGCGAUAUCUGUCUUUCCCUAUCUUCAGCUGAAAAUGAAAUGAGUAAGGAACUGCAAGACGAAGCCAAUACAUUCUCACCAGUGAAGUCACUGAGCCAAAUGGAAUUGGACUCGCCGGUAGACUUUGACCGAGAAUCGGAUUGCACUCCGGUACCUUCAUCUACACAGAAGUUCGAUCGUCAAGCAGCUUUCGAUCGCUUUUUUCCAGAAUUGUUUCCACAAAUGUCUACCGAAAGUGAUACACGUCCGCGUGAAACGCCGCAGACUAGCCAGGCAAGCCCUAUCUGUGAAGAGGGACAAAACUCUAAUCAUGAUUCGAGUGAAGAUCAGUCUCCGAUUUCAGAUGAUCUCGAAGAUGAUUGGAAGUUGUAUAAGAAGGAAAAAUAUCCCGUCAGCUCCGAUGAUGAAGCACAAAAGCGCACAACGGCAUCACACCAUCCAGGUCUCCAUCCAGGUCUCAAUACAGGUCUCCCUGGAAGAAAGAUAUCCACCCCAGAAAAGAAUAAACCGACAAAAUUACUGGCAAGCGUCCUUCCAACAUACCAUGAUUACACGUCAGAUGAUCUUAACGAGGAGAGCGAUGAAUAUAUUCAAACGAAGUUUGACCUUGUGGGCGAGACCAAGGUCGAUUUCUUGGGAUACCUGCGUCACAACCGUGAAUACAAAUGUCAGACUUUCCGCUUACCGUAUCGAGGCAAAAAGCUGUUUAUGCUCUCGGAGGAGUGUGCAGAGGCAUUGAACUAUCAUAGUCGCAGAAGAUUAUUCAUGGAAUAUCGGUCUCUACACGAGAUGGCCGCCUCAUCAGUCGAAAAAGAAACUAUGAUGGAAAAACAUAUCCUUCCAGUUGAGGAUCAGCAUAUGAUGGUCACGUUUGUGUCUGCCCGGUCCAUUUUCCUGCAGUUUGGGUACCGUAUCAUUGUCAACGGCCGUCAGUUUCGGGAUGACUAUUGGGAAAGCAGAGCGAGGGAAGAUGGCUACACCGAGGCCAAUAUAAGUAAUGAGCAACAACCUGGCGACGCUGAACCUAAGACAGGGGUGGCUGUGUCAAAGGAAGAAGUCAGACCAAAGAGACGAGUUCCACCAUGGGAACUAGUAGGUAUAACCUGA